CACAUAGAGCAUCCUCUGUACAGACGUACCGCGGUCCUCCUUAUUCCUUCCUUCCUCCUCCUCUCCUCCUCUCCUCUCUCCUGUUCUGUUCUAACCGAAAGGACAUCGGGACCUCUUGUGCGCCUCUUCGCCCGGAGACAUGGAUCUAUGGUUUCAUUCGAUCCGGAUUUGUUGGUGGAGGGUUUUGUUUCUGAUGAGUGUUUUCCAGGACUAUCUGAGCUCCAUGCUGGACUGCCCGCCGACCUGCAUCUGCUCUCAAACAGAGAUCUAUUGCAAUAAGUCCGACAACGGCAGGUUUUUCCCUUUACUAGCCCUACAAGAUAUUGGGAACAAUGGGACCAGUGUUGACAUAGCAGAGUUAUUCAAGAACAUCACCUCUAUACACAUAGAGAACUGGACAGGAUUGCAAACACUGAGAGACGUUGAUAUGGAGCUCUACACUGGACUGCAAAGACUAACUAUCAUGAAUUGCAACCUGAGGGUGAUCCAGGCUCGGGCAUUCGCUCAGAACUCACGCCUACGCUACAUGUGAGUAAAUGCUCUAUCGCUGACAACCAUAUUACCGGUGCCUUCAAAAGAUUCUGUUACAAUCU